AUGCCCGGGAAGCUCAUCCAGUGCCUGAAGUCCACGGGAUGCUCCAACCCGGUGGUGCUCAUCGAUGAGAUCGACAAGCUCGGCCGGGACAUGCGUGGAGAUCCCUCUUCUGCGCUGCUGGAAGUUCUGGACCCCGAGCAAAAUGGCAGCUUUCGGGAUCACUACCUGGAUGUCCCAGUCGAUUUGUCCAACAUCCUCUUCCUGAGCACGGCGAACAUGUUGGACACGAUCCCCGGUCCGCUACUGGACCGUAUGGAAAUCAUCCGCCUCGCGGGCUACGUCUACGAAGAGAAGCUGGCCAUUGCCAGCAAGUACUUGAUCCCCCAGACAGAGGAGCAGAGUGGCAUCGGCACAGAGCGGCUGAACUUGCAGGAAGAGGCUCUCCAGAAGAUGAUCAAAGACUAUGCUCGAGAGGCGGGUGUCCGAAACCUCCGACAGCUGCUGGAGAAGGUGAGCCGCAAGGCCCAAGUCAUUGGCAUCGUGGUGCUCUUCUUGGUGGAUGUGGCAUUUGUCGUCUCCCGAACACUCUGGCAGCCUCAGUCUUCGAGCGAUGCCAUCGUUGACUUGGGCCUUUUAGUGGGACGCCUGCUAGGUUCUUUGAUCCUCGCUCUUGUCGCUUUGCGCCUGGUUUUGGGUCAAUGGCCCUGGCAAAACCAGUCUGACAUCAGAGAGGUGACCCGAGAUCUCACGCGGCAGCUCUCAGGUGACCGUCGAGAGACUCCUUUAUUGGAGCGUGGCACCAACGCUUCCCGGGACGCACCGGCGGCGACGGCCAGCAUGACGAGCGAUACUGUCGCUCAGCUGAAUGCAGACGCCUCCAGCCGCCAGCAACAGCUUCGAAAGCUCGAGCAAGGAGAAUACUGGUCAAAGUUCCUUCUCUUCGUGCUUUAUGUUUAUAUCGCUGCAUGCUCCUUGCGCGUCGCCAUCAAGGUGGUGAGCUUGGACGCUUCGGAGGCGUGGGGCGUCUUCUGGGUGAUCCUGGAGAUCCUUCAACUUCCAGUGAUGCAGCUCGAGUACGUCCUCAUCCAAGGCCUAGUCUACGAGAAGAGCUCUGGAGAGGGCGUCCUGCUGCCAGGUAUGCACGAGCACAUGCUCUUUUGGAAAGAUGCUGAGAACAAAGGCUUUCUCAGAUGCUCUCAGUGCAAUGAGAAGGUGGGCGAGCUCACGGGCGGCUUCUUGGUGCUGCAGUGCCGGCAAUGCACUCCCAAUCGCUGGGGCUUUGGCGGUUUCAAUGUGUGCACCAACUGCUACAGGAAGAACGCCCUCAAGAGUGGUGCCAACCCCGAUGCUUCAGCCGGCGGUCUACUGCGAGGAGACAAGGGGCCGAAGACCAUGGCGCCACUGACCGUGACGCAAUACAUUCGGCGACUCUCGGGUCAAAUCAGAACCAGCACCUUGGUGAUUGUCCUCACUUGCGUAUGCUGCAGUCAAAUCUUGAAUGCUUACAUCCCAAAGGCCAUGGGCGAUAUCAUCAGCGCACUGACGGACGGUUCGCAGGAGGAUUUUAAUCAUCGAAUCGUGGAAUAUGCUCUACUGGUGGUGGCCAAUGCUGUGACCUCCGCGGCCAUGGGUGUGGCCAUCCAGACCCUGAGUACACGACUUUAUGCGAACAUGUCUGUGAAGGUCUUUGAGACCCUGAUGAGUCAAGACAUCGCCUUUUACGACAAUGCGAUGACUGGCCAGAUGACUUCACGCCUCAACAACGAUCUGCGGCAGGCUUUGUCUCCGGUGGCCAUCAUCAUGAACACCUUUGUCGCAAAUAUUGUGAUGCUGGUGGCUGGCUUUACGAUCUGCUUGCAUGCCUCGUGGCGCUUGACAGUCUUGGCCUUCACAGUCCUCACGCCGGUGGUUCACAUCUCAGCGCACUUCAGUGCCUGGGCGGCGAAGCUCAUGUCCUCACAGUGGACCUUCAUGGCUGAUGCGCAAGGCUGUGCCACCCAAGCGUUGACGAACAUCCGCACCGUGCGGAUGUUUGGUGCACGUCACUUGGAGCAGGAGAAGUAUGAACUGCAUACUCGGAAGUCCAUGGACGUCGGACUCUUGAGUGCAUGGGGUCAAGGGGGAUCGACCUUGCUCUCCACCUUGGUGCAACUUGGUGCAUCCUUCGUGAUCAUGUGCUACGGAGGUAACCUGGCUCUCCGGCAUGAGUUCAAUGUGGGCACCAUCAUCACAUUCUCCUAUCUUUGGAACAGGCUCAGUGGUGCCUUCACCUCCCUCAACGAGAACAUCAACCAACCGGUGAAGGCCGUCAGCGCGGGCCAGCGGGUCUUUGAGCUCUUGGAUCUGAAGCCGGACAUCCGUGAGGACCUGGGUGAGCCCUUCCCGGAGCAGUCCAAAGAGGUGGGUAUCCGGUUUGAGAAUGUCGAGUUCGCCUACCAAUCCAGGGCAGACAAGAAGGUUCUCUCCGGCGUGACGCUGGACUUGCGUGCGGGGAAGACGACGGCGGUGGUGGGGAAGAGUGGCUGUGGAAAGUCCACCCUCAGUAAGCUCUUGCUGCGCUUCUACGAUCCUCAAAAUGGCUCGGUCUUCCUGAACGCCACGGAGUUGCAGCACAUGCACCUGCACCAAUACCGGAGCAAGGUGGGCGUGGUCUCUCAGGACACCCAGCUCUUCCGUUCGACCGUGGCACAGAACAUCACCUAUGGCCUGCGGGAUUCAGAGUUCACCCACGAGGACGUGGUUCGGGCAGCGAAGCUGGCGAACGCACAGGAGUUCAUCGAAGCAUUGCCCGAGGGGUACAACACCAUGGUGGGUGAGAGCGGGCACGACUUGAGCGGCGGCCAGAAGCAGCGCCUCAGCAUUGCCCGUGCUUUGGUGCGAAGGCCUCGCAUCUUGCUGCUGGAUGAGGCCACAUCAGCGUUGGAUGCCGAGAAUGAGGCCUAUGUGCAAGCAGCGCUGGAUGAGCUGAUGAAGCAGAUGCAGGGGACCUGUACCAUCAUGGUGAUCGCGCACCGACUCUCAACCAUCAAGGAUGCCGAUUGGAUCAUCGUCCUGCACGAAGGGCAAGUGGCAGAAGAAGGCACUCACGAUCAGUUGUUGCAAAUCAAGGAUGGGCGGUAUGCCGCCUUGAUCACUCGUCAACUUCAAGGGAAUGAGGAUGAGAGCGCCAAUGGCGCAAAGACAGUGUCACAAGCCAUCCAAGAGAUGCUCCAAAUCUAUGCUGCAGUGCCCAAGGAGCAGAGGAUUCGCCAAGGAAGCGAAGAAGCAGAGCUGAGCUUCGAUGAUUUCGCUGAAGAAGGCACCUACAGGCUCCACAUGUCGGACCGGCUCUACAUUGGCACACCUCCCGGGGUGGUUAUGGGUUUAGCAUGGACGGCCAACGGGGGUGCCACCCUCUAUGUGGAAGCUCGAGGCCGACUUCCUUGUGGCAGGGUGCAAGGUGGCAUGGCUUCCUUAUCCGCUGAGUCGGCAAAGGGAGAGUCCAAGCCUGGUAGUGGACACAUGCAGGUCACUGGUCAGUUGGGAAGUGUGAUGAGUGAGUCUAGUUCAAUAUCUUUGACCUAUGCUCGACUCUUCAUGCGGGAGCUAGAUCCCACGAAUACCUUCCUGGACGUGGCCAACAUUCAUUUGCAUGUGCCCGAAGGUGCUACGCCCAAGGAUGGCCCCUCAGCGGGUGUGACCAUGACCUCCGCCCUCUUGAGUUGUGCUCUUGAACGGCCGUUGUUGGCCGAUGUCGCCAUGACUGGGGAGCUCACUCUCAUGGGCAAGGUGCUGAAAGUCGGAGGCAUCAAAGAGAAGGUCAUUGCUGCUCGACGGGAAGGAGUGAAGACCUUGCUUCUGCCUCUUCAGAACGAGGCGGAUUACAUGGAGAUCAAGGAGUACUUGCGCGACGGUCUGACGGCCCACUUUGUGGAUCACUUUGAUGAUGCCUAUCGGCUCAUGUUCGAUCCAAAAGAGGUGCCCUCUCUGAAGUCUUCCAGAGGCCUUCCAGUGAUCACGGUCCAGCCGCCGACCAUUGAGAAGGCGGAGGAGCCCGUGGAGAUAAAGAUACACAAGAUGCCGGAGGAGACAGACACAGGCUUGAAGAUUACCCCACUGCCCAGAGGCCUUCCAAGUCGAUCUGAAGUGCCCAGCAGUUUGGCCAAGUCACUCUGA